GCUUCGAGAGGUUGGCUGUUCUCUUCCGGAAGAUUGUGCUGCCUGGCUCUAUGUGGAUCGCCUUCAACUCGAGGAGAGUGCGGAGCUCAACCUCUUGGCCAGUGUCGGUGAUGACGACGAGGGCAUCCCAGAGGACGUUGCCCAGGCCUACGUGACUUACCAGUCGGCCAAGCAGAAGUACAAGGACCAGCAACGGGCGCGCGGCUUUGUGAGCGGCGAUGGAGGCCCCGGAAAUUUCUCCGAAAACAAGGACGAGAACUUGAAGGUAAUGAAGGCCAGAAGCUUCUGUAGCGGCUGUGGUCGCCGUGGACAUUGGCAUAAGGAUGCCGAAUGCCCUAAGAACAAGCCUGGUGCCAACCCGCACUCCUCCGUAAAGCCGGACAUCAAGGACAUCAGCAUGUGCAAUGUGCUCCCGGCGGAGGUCUAUGCUACCAAGCAUGAGGGAGAGCUCCUGUUGGGGAUCACUGAUACAGCCUGUGCGAGGACCGUGGCCGGCACUCAGUGGCUCCAGAAGUACACAGACGCCCUGGCUAAGCUUGGACAUAAGCCUCUUCUGCAUAAGGAGUGCGAGGCCUACCGCUUCGGGACCGGGAAGGUCCACUACUCCGCCUUUUACGUCAUCCUUGGGUUCGAGCUCGGGAGCAAGAUCGUGCAGGUGAGGACCUCAAUCAUCAAUGGUGACGUCCCUCUCCUCCUCUCGAAGGGAGUGCUGAGCAGACUUGGCAUGAUCUAUGACGUCGAGCUCGGCCGUGCUGACUUCACUAAGGUAGGGCUGCGUGGCUUUGAGUUGCAGGUGACAACUUCUGGUCACCCUGCUAUCCCCAUCAUACCUGCCAAGGUCGCAGAGGAUGUUUCAACCGGCCUCCAGGCCGAAGACUUGCGACUCUCAUCGCGUGAGCAAUACACUGUGUAUGCCGUAGCACAUGGUAGCUUCAAGACCCCUUCUACUUUCAACAUCUUCUUUGACAAGAAGCUAGAUCCUGGGGCUCGAGACAUGCUAUGUCAAGAACAUCUUCAUCAAGAGGCAUUCCUAGCAUGGUGGAAGAGUGCUGGAACCACAUCCGAUUUCUGGCUAGAGUCCCCCGAAGCCUGGAUAAGAGUCCACAUGACCCCCAGAAAGGUUCUCUUCAACCCUUCCAUUUGGCAGACUCGGGCCACCCUCCAGAAAGAGAUGUUGCUCCAGACUGCAGGCGAGGCGCGACCCCUGACAAUCAGCCAGAUGUCCAAGGCAGAGCUCCUCAGCGAGGCGACUCGACUUGGACUCGUGGUCCAUCGGACCUGGGCGGUGCAGGAGCUCAAAGCCGUGAUCAUGGAGCACAGGGAGAGCCUGAAGGAGAAGGACCCCGUGGAACAGAUGCGGAGAGUGACACACAUGACGUUGUCACAGUUGGAGGCGAAGGCGACCGACUUGGGCAUCGACUUUCCCACGGGGACGACAAAGGGCAAUCUUAUGCGCCUGAUCCGCGACAGCAUCAACACUCCCGAUCAAGAACUGAUGAAGAUAGGAAAGUUUCGAGGAUUCCAGUUUGUGGAGAUCCCCGAGAGCUACUGCGAGUGGGUGGUCAGAGAGCUGACCGUCUCCCGGAGCCCGGACCCGGAGUUGGUUCGCCUACGCAACUGGUACCAGCUGCGCAAGCAGAGG